AUGCGGGAGCUGGACCAGGGCGUGACUGAUUGCCACAGCAGCGGCAGCGGGAGCCUCGGCCACCGCCCUCGGCGCAAGUGGGAGGUGUUCCCGGGGCGCAACCGCUUCUACUGCGGUGGCCGCCUCAUGCUGGCGGGUCACGGCGGCGUCUUCGUGCUCACGUUGCUGCUCAUCCUCACCACCACCGUCCUCUUCUUCGUCUUCGACUGUCCCUUCCUGGCCAAGAACCUGACCCUCGCCAUCCCCAUCAUUGCUGCCGUCCUCUUCUUCUUCGUCAUGAGCUGCUUGCUGCAGACAAGUUUCACUGACCCUGGGAUCCUGCCCCGGGCCACUGUCUGUGAGGCAGCCGCCCUGGAGAAACAAAUAGACAACACGGGCAGCUCCACAUACCGGCCACCCCCCCGGACCCGGGAGGUGAUGAUCAACGGGCAGAUGGUGAAGCUGAAGUACUGCUUCACUUGCAAGAUGUUUCGGCCACCCAGAACCUCACACUGUAGUGUUUGCGACAACUGUGUGGAACGGUUUGACCAUCACUGCCCUUGGGUGGGCAACUGUGUGGGGAGACGGAACUACCGCUUCUUCUAUGCAUUUAUUCUCUCCCUCUCAUUCCUGACCACCUUCAUCUUUGCCUGUGUGGUCACCCACCUGACGUUGCGCUCUCAGGACGGCAACUUCCUCUCCACUUUGAAGGAGACACCAGCGAGUGUGCUGGAGUUGGUGAUCUGCUUCUUCUCCAUCUGGUCCAUCCUGGGCCUCUCAGGGUUUCACACUUACCUCGUCGCCUCCAACUUGACAACGAAUGAAGACAUCAAAGGCUCAUGGUCCAGCAAGAGGGGCGGCGAGGCCUCCGUCAACCCUUACAGCCAUAAAAGUGUUAUCACCAACUGCUGUGCUGUGCUCUGUGGCCCCCUACCUCCCAGCCUGAUCGACCGGAGGGGAUUUGUGCAGUCUGACACCGUGCUGCCCUCACCCAUCAGAAGUGAAGAGCCAGCCUGCGGAGCCAAGCCCGAUGCCAGCAUGGUAGGAGGCCAUCCUUGAAUGGGGCUCAGUACUUGCCACCUGCUGGCCUGUCUGCCCCUCUGCACUCAUCUGCUGCCCUGUAUACCUGCUGGGACCCUCCCCAUUCCAUCUGAGGGAAGCAGAGCCGCCAGAGACUCACGUCUUUUCAUAUUUA